GUUAUAUAAGCCUGCUAAACACAAAGAAAAAAAAGUUCUUAUGCACAUGUUUCAGCUCUUAUGUGCUUCUGAACCAAUUCAUGGCUCUUGCCCACCCCCACCCCCCCACCCCCCACCCCGGAAAAAGAAGAAACAGAAAACGUAUAAACCAAUUUGUCUAAACUUCAGAGUUUUAUAUAGUGCCAACCAGGGACACGAAGCAAAUUGCUUAUCAUAAAGCUGGCUACUGUAGUAUGUUUCUUGAGGAUGCUACUGACUAAAAAGUGAUUUCAUCAACAUAUCCAUACAGUUUUCAUGGCAACAAUGUCCUUCCCUUUUCUAGGAUCUUUUUUAAACUUCUGAGUAUUUUCCAGCCCUGGGAUUCUCUGAUGGGGUCCAAUCCAAUCACUAACCAUGCCUGACUCUGUUUAACUUCCAAGCUAAAGUGUAUCACAGUAUAUAUAAGAAAACUAUGGCAUAGUGAGCUAUUCUUCAGAUUCCAAGGCUUUAUUUUCCUAAAGAGCAAUAAAAUCCCAAAGUUGAUCAAGAUCUUGCUCUACUUCAAAAUAUUUCCAGGAAAGAUAUAAUGAUGGAGGAAACUUUGGCGUAGUGCAGUGAUGAUUCUCCAGCGCUUGAGAACUGUAUUCAGAGCUACAAGCCUCUAUCUUUCUAGUUCACAAGGACAGCAGGGUUCAGAAAUCAAUAAAAGAUGUAUGAAUACUAGUGUAGCUGCUCAUGGUCGAAGAAGAGUUGUUGUCACAGGUAUAGGAUUAGUAUCUCCUCUUGGUGUUGGAACCCAGUUGGUUUGGAACAAUCUUCUCCAGGGAAAUUGUGGCAUUGUUGCUCUUGAAGGGGAAGAAUAUUCUUCUGUUCCUUGUAAAGUUGCUGCUUGUGUCCCAAAAGGGGUUGGUGAAGGUCAUUUCCAUGGAGAAAACUUUAUAUCAAAAUCGGACAGCAAAGCUAUGUCUUCUGCCACCAUCAUGGCCAUAGGCGCUGCUGAUCUGGCAUUAAAAGACUCUGGUUGGUCUCCGCAAUCUGACCAGGAUAGUUUGAAAGCUGGUGUGGCAGUAGGAAUGGGAAUGGUUCCACUGGAAGAUAUCUCCGAUACAGCCUCAACAUUCAAAACAAAGGGUUACAACAAAGUCAGCCCGUUCUUUGUUCCAAAGAUUUUGAUCAAUAUGGCUGCAGGUCAUAUUAGUAUCAAACAUCAACUGAAAGGACCCAACCAUGCUGUGUCCACUGCUUGUACUACGGGAACACAUGCCGUGGGAGACUCUUUUCGAUUUGUGGCUUACGGUGAUGCUGAUGUGAUGUUGGCUGGAGGAACAGAAGCUUGUAUUAGCCCAUUGUCUCUAGCUGGAUUUGCCAGAGCUCGGGCUCUGAGCACUAGCUUUAACUCAGACCCUCAAAAAGCUUGUCGGCCAUUCCAUCCACUAAGAGAAGGUUUUGUCAUGGGAGAAGGUGCUGCGGUUUUGGUUUUAGAAGAAUACAUGCAUGCUAUCCAGAGAGGAGCUAAGCUGUAUGCAGAAAUUUUAGGCUAUGGACUGUCAGGUGAUGCCUGCCACAUUACAGCACCUAAUCCAAAUGGAGAUGGGGCUUUAAGGUGCAUGUCGGCAGCAAUGAAAGAUUCUAGAAUUUCUCAUGAAGAUGUAACUUACAUCAAUGCUCAUGCCACCUCCACUCCACUAGGAGAUGCUGCAGAGAAUCAAGCUAUCAAAGAGCUCUUUAAAGAUCACGCCUCUGCUCUUGCAGUCUCCUCAACCAAGGGAGCAACGGGUCAUCUCUUGGGUGCUGCAGGGGCUAUCGAGGCAGCUUUUACUGUUUUAGCUUGUUACCAUGGAAUUUUACCGCCUACUCUAAAUCUGGAUCAGACAGAGCCGCCAUUUGACCUCAAUUAUGUUCCACUGGUAGCACAAGAAUGGAGAAGUGAAAAGCGGCGUAUUGCUCUCAGUAACUCUUUUGGCUUUGGUGGAACUAAUGCAUCACUGUGUUUUGCUAAUAUUUAGUCUUGUAAUCUGUAUGUGUAAAUACCAUUAUUCCCUCUUCCAUUUACCUAUAGCCAAAUAUAUGUAUAUAUG